CACGCAGCUUUGUCUCAGAACAGGCUAGUCUGAGAUCAGCUCACCGCCUCUGUCGUUUUGUUUCCAACGUCCCACUAUCUUCUCGCAGUCGAAGAUCGAGCCGCACACAAGACAGAGCAUCCCGAACACAAGGACAGAGCAUGAAGCGUCAUGAACCACACAAAUGCACCAACGCAAUCCUCUCAGACAAAUGCAAUCAACAGGGGCGCAAAGUCAUCACGUUGCAUAGCGCCCCUCAGCCCCACACACAAAUCAUCAGGCCGCCAACUGUACACCCCAGCUCGUCUAAAUGGUGGGCCCCGACUUCCUGUAGUCAGUCUCGCUUCUACAGAUGGGGCACUGUGUGUUGCCCCGCCCCGGCGCAUAGCUCUUGUGCCAGCAAGUGACACACAGACAUCGGUGGCGGCAGGUGGACGGCGCCUUGCCGAUGAGCACCACCGUCCGCUGCCCGUCGUGGCACACCGCACACGACUCAUCGUCCUCCCUGUCGUCGAUGCGCCGCUGGAGCUGCCGAUUCUCCUCCUGGUGCGCCCGAAUGACGAGCCCGUCGAGCUGCUGAAUGCGGGCAAUGACGCGGGCGAGGAAGGCUGUGGCGUCGGCCACCGUGUGGAUGGACGAGAGGGAAGUCACCGAAGGCCUGCACACCCCCACACAGAUGGAUAGAGAUGGACAGCUUAUGUGUGUGUGCGUGGACGUACCUGUUGCGAUUGUCGUCCUUGAUGGCAUCGACGCGCGACUGGAGCUUCCACACAUCAUGCGAGAGGCACCGCAGCCGACGACCCAGCUCACCGCUACAAAGCCGCUGCUCAACUCUGAAUGCCACACACGCAGACACACAUAUGGCGGUGAGAAACCCCGCUGUUCUAUGCUCACUCUGAGAUGCGCUGCGUGAGUGCUGCCAGCUGCUCGUCGAGCCCCAAACCGCUAAUGUCAUCAUCUACACCAGCAUCCGACAAGCUGCCCUUCUCCAGCGGCCCACAGGGGCCACCCGCAUCAGCCGAGGACGACGCCGAUGCUGCCGCUGGUCCGUCAGCGGCCGUGCCCUGCUCCAUCUCUGUGUGUGGCUCUUCCACUGCUGUCGAUCCGCUGCUGAGUUGUUGGAUCUUGCUGAGGGCGGCGUCGUAGAUGGGCUGCAGGGCGGCCUUCUCGGCCUCGGCCUCAGCCGAGAAUUGCCGGAUGCCCUCAACGCCGCCCGCACGAACCACCUCAUCCAACUCGUCAACAGACCUGAAACACAUAAUACACACGACAGAAGGUGCGUCAAGGUUCUUUCCGCCCUGUGUGUGUGUGUGCGGUUCGUCUCGCUUGGGUGCGUUGCGCAUGGCGGCUUCCUUCUCGUGUAUGAGUUUGGCUUUGCGCUUCUCUAGCGAGGCGAUGGCCGCCAACUUGCCGUCCAGCUCACCACGCAACCUACACACGCAUCCCAAGACACACACACACCCAAUGUUGCGUUGAAAGUGCCACCCUUUCACCCAGCCGCCCAUCUUACUGCUGCAAUCUCUUGACAGCCUGCCGCUUCUGCUCUAAGGCCAUGGCGCGUGCGGGAUCGCCCAAUGCUGCUCCAUCACCCUCCUGCUGCCCCAU